ACUGUCCACGGUAAUAGAAUAAUCACGGUACAUGUCAUCUGACAUGGUAUGAUUUGCGUUGGAUAGAUAAGUAUCUCUGUGCCUCUGUGUGAUAUGUUUAUUGUAUUUAAUAAACAUCAACAAUGUGCAUGGUUAAUGGAGAUGUCCGCUUUCACUGUCCUAUCUUCCAAGUUGGUUCGAACUGGACCCAGUGUGCUAAAUUCUACUAAAAUCGAUUUAGUAGUUUAGGAUUCAUCGCGGACAAACAACGUGACACGCAAUUUUUAUAUAUAAGAUAAGUAUAAUAAUAUGACAAUUAAUACAGAUUUUGUCGUGUCUCUUACUCGCUACGGCUGUUGCAAAUGAUUUUGCUUUACAUAUUAUUAUUCUACAAACAUAUAAAGUUCUUAAUAAUAUAAUUACAUACACAUCGCGAGACUAUUUCAUUAAAAUUAUAUCACACUGAAUAAAAUAACGCUUACUAGUACCUUCUCGCAUAGGUGUGUAUACAUACAUACAUACAUAUAUGGACAUUCAUAUGGAUGUACAUUUGCUUUCGCAAUCUACGAAUGUUUCCAGCUGUUUUGCGAAUAACAAAUUCCCUUCACCGCUACAUCUGUGUUGGAAAGAAAUCGUAAACAAAUAAUCAACCAAUCUUCAACCCCGUAGAUGUGCAUAACAACCCUUCAACCGAAUGCUUGACAAAACGCAGGCGUUGAUAUCGAACAAGUCUGUCACGUUCCACAAAUACUCCACAAGCAAACUGUUGGUUAGGAGUUGGUCUGCGUUUGACUUGUUUUCAUACGUCAAGAUUGUAUUGAUUUUUCGUGGAACCAUUUAUAAGUUCGUUUUGAUGAUGCUGAUUCAUACUUUACACUGAAGUUUCCAACAAUAAAAUUCUCCAAAAAAUUCUAAAUCGCGAAGAUACGAAUAAUACUAAGGCAAAAGGAAGCAAAAUAUAAUUCAUUGCGUUGUCCAUAUCCAAUAAAGCAAUAUUAUAAUAUCAUAUAUGUACAUACAUACAUACAUAUAUAAAUAAAGUACGUUUGCAAGUAAAAUCGUCAACGACGUUUUGAGCCGUUUCGUAUUGUAAAGCAAGCAACUUAUAGACAAGUAUUAAUUAAUUAAUCUGGAAAGUCAUUGAAACCGAAAAUCGAGAUGGCUUUGGACUUUGUGGCGACGUAUAAAGUUCUAGUGCUAGGUGAUUCUAAUGUGGGUAAAACGUGUAUUGUCCAUAGAUACUGCGACGAGAAAUACUACGACACAUACAUCUCCACUAUAGGCAUCGAUUUCAAGCAGAAAUUAAUCAAUUUGGAUGGUGUGCCGAUAAAGUUACAAAUUUGGGACACAGCUGGACAAGAAAGGUUUCGAACAUUAACUACGGCCUAUUAUCGCGGAGCAAUGGGUAUCCUACUGAUGUAUGAUGUGACCAAUUUGGAGAGCUACAACAACUUAUCAUAUUGGCUUCGAAAUAUUCAAGAGAAUGCGUCACCGGAUGUUGUCAAAGUCUUAGUGGGCAAUAAAUGUGAAAGUUCUGCUACUCAACGGGCGGUCGACAAAGAAAGGGGUGAAAAAAUUGCUGAAAAUUUUGAUAUGCCAUUCUUUGAAGUAUCCUGUAAAUGCAACAUUAAUAUUGAGGAGGCUUUUCUAGCACUGGCACGAAAGAUCAGAGAGCAACGUGAACGUCGGGGGGAUAACUUUGACAACGACGAUAAAAGCCAGGACAAAAAAUCUCCUGGCUCUAACGGGCUAGGUACCUUUAGUUUGGCCAGUCUCUCCGAAGGUAAUCGUUGUUCCUGCUAAGCCGAACAGAAAUAUUCCACAUACUCGUAAGGAAACAUACGUCCAAUAGAGUGCUGUAGUGGAAUAUGUACUUCCAUGCAUACUUACAUACAUACAUACAUACAGACAUGCUAUCGUAAAUAUUAUCGGGACACUUGGCCAAAUGUGGCUAGCACUGAGAUGCGGUAUAAAAGCAAAACAACUUGAACCUGCCUACAGAUAAUAGGCAAAUUACAAUUUUCCUGAGUGGGAAUAUGGUUGUUAAUGACGCAGUUUCACAUUACAGCUACAUACAUACAUAUAUAACAUGAUAGUUUAUGGCCGCUGUAGUAAUGCAAUCGGAAUUAAAAGUAAAAAGUUAUAAUUUAUUUCAAAGUUUUAUAAUACAAUAUAUAUGUAUAUGUACAUAUGCACAUUUUAGAACUAAUAUCAUAUGUUUUAUACAUGCAUAUGUAUGUAAAUUGCAUAAAGCCAAAUAGCAUACAGUCGUUAGCGAGCGAGUACUUCAUAUUGCGCCUAAUAAAUUAAGGUAAAGCAAGUGUUAAGUAAGAAUUAAUUUUAUUCGAGCUGACAACUUUAAAUUGGAUAUAACAUAAAUCUUUAACAUCUUCGGUAGUAAAAUAUAUUCAGCAAACUAACAAAAAAAAAGCACCUACAUAUGCAUUGUAGAUUCAUGAGCAAAACUAUAUACUACAAUAUCUUAAUUUAAUACGUGAUUUAUAGUUAAGUAGUUAAAAUUAAUCAUUCCUUCUAUAUAUUAAAGGAAUAUAUAAUUGAGACCACCUAAUGAAGAUUACAGACAGUUAGACGCGUUUUUAUUUUUGAUUAUGUGGAAAUCCCCAUUUUAAUAAUGUUACCUAAAAUGCAAACUAACGUAACAUUACUUUUCAUAAGUUUACAGGUGAAGGAAAAUCGAACGAAAGAACGAAUCGAAACUACUCGUAUUGAAAUAAAAUUUCAGUUUUGGUUAAAACUUGGUUAUAUCUGUACAUACUCGUACAUACAUAUAUGUAUGUAAUAUGAUGUAGUGAAACUUAAUCAAUAAAAAAACUCAAUUUCUUA